UUCUUUCUGUUCUCCUUCAGUUGCGUUUUAUCCGUUUCAAGUUUCCGGCCGUAAUCAUGAUGCUGGCUUGUCUGUAAAUUUGUGCUUACGUUUCGUUAGAAAAAUGUCGUUUUAGUCUUUUUUACAUUUCUAAUGGACGAUAUACAGUCAUGGUGGGAAGUACCGUCUAUAGCACAUUUCUGUUCCUUAUUUAGAGCAGCUUUUAACCUUCUCGAUUUUGAUAUCGAAGAGCUAGAAAAUGCAUUGCUGACUGAUGGAAUCGAAGAUGCUGGAAGUUCUCUUCUACAAGAGUUAAUAGUCAAACUAUUAACCGGUUGUCUAAACAACAAUGGCAUCUCUACCUCUAAUUAUCAAAUGUUUCUCCGCCGUCUCUUUCGACAGAAAUGCAAAGAGUAUGGCCGAGAAAAUCCAUUUGAUAAUGACAUUGACUUCCAGUUCUUGUCACUUCGAACCAAAGUCGAGAUUCUGCAUUCUCUUUGUGAUUAUAGACUGGAUGCUGAAGAUGUUAUGGACUUACUUAAAAACCUUGACUCUGACAGCUUACGUGUUUACCCAUUGGGUCGAGACAGAAAUAAGUCAGUAUUCUGGUACUUCUACGGCACUCGUUUAUACAGAGAGGAUCAUAAUAAGCAAAAAGAGGUGGACAAGAAAGGUGAAAAACGUGGAAGAGGCCGGAAAAAAAGCAAAGAAAAAGGUAAAGGUGACAAGUUUGAUGCAAACGAAAUUGGAACCGGUGAAUGGAAUGUUGUUUGUUACUCAGAGUCAGAUUGGGAGCGGCUCGUGCAUGAUACAGAAGGUUCUGGCGACAAAGAAGAAGAGUCCUUGCAUCAAAUUCUGGCGAAAGACUUCUUACCGGAAAUACCCAGACUUUUUGAAGAAAAAGAAAGGCUUCAAAGGAAACGGUUAUUAGAAAUGCAACCAAGGAGACAGUCAUCACGAAUUGAGAAACUGAAACAUCAAAAGGAAGUGGAAAAACAAGUGGAAAUGGAAAGGAGGAAGGAAGAAAUCGAACGAAGGAAAUUGGAUGAAGAAACAGCCGCUCAGAAUUCAGAAGAAGAUGAUACCAAGAAAAAGGAACGGAUCAGGAAAGAUAGAGAGAGGAGGAAACAAGAGAGGGAUAUGAGACGCGCGAGGUGGCAUGCCUCCGAUUCCUCCGAUUGGAAAUCCUCUUCAGAUGAGGAGAGUGAAAAGCAGUAUGAGAAAGUAAUGUUGGCAGACGACAAGGGGAAACCCAAGGGACGGCAGACCAAUAACUCUUUAUCCUCCGCAACGGGACAAAUUAUCAUUCAGUCCCAGCCAGUCCGCCAGAAAAUCCGUACAUCACAAGUGUUCCCCACAUCUUUUGAGGAUAUCAAAAUAGGGAUGUACAAAAUAAUAGAAAAGAUCAAGAACCAUGAAGAUGCGUGGCCCUUUCUGUACCCAGUUGAGUCGGAGGACGCUCCGCGAUACUACAAAGUCAUCAAAGAACCAAUGGAUUUGCAGACAAUGGAAGAUAAACUCGACAAUCGAGAGUACUUCUCGGUUUCUCAAUUCAAGCGAGAUUUUCAGCUCAUAGUUGAAAAUUGCAAAAAAUUCAACGGCCCAAGCAGUGAUUAUUCUGGGAUGGUGGUCAGUUUGGAGAAGGAAUUCAAUGCAUUGGUGAGCAAGUAUUUGGCGGAGUUAUCGUCGGAUGAGGAGUUGGCUGUAGAGUUUCCUGAAGAGCAUCGCAAACACAAGAAGAAGCACCAUAAGUCGUCAAACCACCACCGAUCCUCUAGUUGGAGUAAGAAGCAUCGUCAUGAUGAAUAUCUUGACGACAAAGAAAAUGAAGACCGAUCCUCAACCCCUCCAGAAUCAUCAUAUGUUACCAAGACCGCUCGGAGUGUGAGGAGUGUUUCAAGCAGUGUCGAUGAAAAACUGGACGAUUCGCAAGAUGACGAAUUAGAAGACACGCGUAGCUCAGAUUCUAGAACGCGGAGGAAAAGUAUGCACAGCAAGAAAUCAUCAGAGAAAGAACGGAGCAGUCAGAAAAAACCUCCCGUCAAAAACACUGUCAAAAGUGCGGCAGCCAUCGAAGCGUUGGAACUAGCCACGGAGCAGACGUUGAAGGAUAUCAACAAAUGGCUAGAUGACACCCCGAAAUUCUCCGACUACUCUUGUGAUAAUAGCUCCCCAGCCCACCAUUUAGGAGUCGUGGACGAUAUUGAAGUCCAGAACCGAAUCGAGUCUGAAUACAGGAGAUCUUUACUGGAAAAACCACCACGUCUCCAGAAGGAAUCUUUGAAAAGGAGGCACUUGAAAGACCCUCAAAAUGUCAUAAAGAAGAAACGAGAAAUUCAACGCAAAAUCGAUCGGUUACAACCAGGCAAAAGCAAGGGGAACCUCCUCUCGACCAACAAGCAACCUCCGGAGGAAACAUCAGUAAGCGGAAGCAAUAGUAAAGAAAGUAUGAAAAUAGACGAGACUGACUCGGAUGCACCGAAAUUGAGUUUAGGUACUGUAUUGCUCUCUGGUGAUAUUGGCUUAGGCUCGCUUGGCUCUAAAAAACAAUCAUUUGGGGAUAGUCCUCCUAGUGAUACAAAAUACUCUGACGAUGAGAAAUAUGAAGUUUCAUCUAAAAUUAAAGAACCAAAAUUAGAUUAUGUAGAUAGCGAUAUAAAACUUGUGGAUACAUCAGAUUUAAAACCAACGGAGACAGUAAUUUCGGAAGAGAAGAAAGAAGAAGACGAUCUUGAGGAAAAACCAGAAAUUAAGUCAACGUCCAGUGUACCUGAAAAAUCAAGCGCCAAAGCAGAAUCUGCGAGUACCAAAGAAAAACCCAAUCUCAGCGCCUGGUUCAAAGCGUUUGGUGCCCCCAAAACAGCAGCUGCGCCAAAGCGCAAGAGUGACACUGUGUUUGGCAAUCCGCCGACGCCAUCUCCUUCCGUAGACUUUAAAGACAGUAGUAACGAUCUACAAUCCUAUUCCAAAUUCAGGUAUCUUGAUGAUAAACCAUUAGAUAGCCCGAACGACCUGCCACCAAUGACUCCUGGCCGCUCUCUGAGUCCAGACGAUAAAGAUCGGAAAAAUAUCUACAACUCGCCUGAAGUUAGGCCGGGGACAAGGAAACGUAAAGUGAGCACUGGAAGUAGUGUUUCUGAGCGCUCAUCUUUCAGUCAGGACCCGACUGACCCAAUGUUGUCACCGCACCCUACUCUGUCCCCACAUCCAAGCUUGGAUGAACCUUAUCUCUCACCCCAGCAAGAUGCUGCUAAAUCUUUCCAUCACUCUCCUGUAAACGGAACCAUCAAAGUAGGGUUUUAUCAGGAUACCUUCCCACGAGGAGGUUCUGAUAAAAGCAACAGUUGCAGCCCACGAGAACAACUACCAAGUAAUAGUCCACGGAAUUUGGGUCUGAGUCCGAAAAAUCCGCACCCGGACAGCCCAGACUAUCACAGAUAUUCUGCGCCAUCAACACCUGUGUAUCAAGCCCCAGCGAGUCCUGCCCCAGCUUAUAAUUCUGCGCUGCCAUUUUAUCCGGGUCACUCAUCAUUGCUCUCUCAAAAUAUACCUUACUAUGAUGUGAAUAAGUCAGUUACCGAUCAGUACAACACCACUGCUACGUCCCACCAGAGAGCACCCUCACCAACUCCUUCUCCGCCCGUUCAAAAACCUCCCAUCUCAACCCUGCCUGCGGUAAACGAGAAACCAGUCUCCGUCUACCCGGUGAAGAAACGAGCUUAUUGCGAAGUUGAACCUGAUCCUCCUCAGCAGCAGUCUGUAAUCAAACCAGUGAUGGAAAAAUCUAGUGGCUUUACUCCACUAGCAUCAGUGCGCGAUCCUGAGAGAGUCUUUACGCCGACACCAGGUAGAAUGCCCCAGUCAACAGAAAGAGCCAUUGGUCUUCAUCAUCGCUAUCCGAAUGAGCUCUUACAAUCGUCACCUUACUAUGCGAAUGACAACAUCUUCAGCAAGAAUGUUGCGCCGGUUUCGACGGUACCCCCACCCUCUUCUUACUCCAAAGCGGAAGAUGUAGCCACGACUGCAAGUUAUUGUCGCAACGUCGAAUCCACUAAUUCAAGUAGUUCGUACUCUGCAUAUAAUCGUAUCUCUGCACCUGUAUACAAUUAUCCAAACCCUGUUGACCGUGUAAAUCCGCGUCCAGAAAAACAAGUUCCUCUGAAUUACUCAACCCCACCGAGUUCGUCCGAAAUGCUCAGCAGUCGGAACACACCUGCUGUCAACUUUUCCAACGUUGCAGCUAAUUCUCCAAAUCUUAUAAGCAAAUCAACCGCGCCUACCUUAAAUUACCUUGAUCGGAGCAAUCCUGAACUUCUGAAUUUCUCGAAAAUGCACCCUGCCUCGUCUGCGAGCGAUUCAGGACGACAGACAGAACUCACCAGUCGCAUGGUGGAAAAUCCGGGCAGAAAUAAUCAACAUUUAAGUUACCCGCAAAGCCGAGCAAGUUACAGCAAAGUAGAUCUGAAUCCGCCUCAGUCAUCCCGUGUUCAUUACUCGAAUCCGAUCACUGAUCUUUCAUCGAAAAUUAAUAUUCCCUCCGGGCUUGGCUACCCGCCUAAUCAGCCAGGCGCUUUGGCGUAUUCACAUCCCAUGGGUGACAUGCGCUAUAACUAUCCAGCGAUGAUGUCGGAAAUGAUGGCUGGCAAAUCGUCUGUCAACUAUCCACCUCACACGGCUGUCGGUUACAAUGUGGAUGCGUACAAACAUCCGAUGGUAGAUCUCAUGGCAGCAAACAAGACUCCAGUCAGUGAGCCGCAGCCAGCUGCCAAAACACCGAAGGUUGUUCCACCGAAGAAAGCCUCAAGAAGUAAAAAGAAAGCAACAGCAGAAGCAGAAGUCAGUCAUCCUCAUCCGGAAUCAAAUUUGAAUCCAAUCAGCUCCAGUGGGUAUCAACAGUACUCAGGGCAGGCUUCUGCUGAGCCGAUCUCAUUAAAGACGACCAGUGUAGUUCCUGGAAGUGCCUUCAAUUUUGGACCUGCUCCGCUCAAAGACGGCUACUCCUCCUAUCUGGGAGAGAUGUCCCGAUCUGGUUAUUACCUACCUCACUCCGGCGCAGGGAUUCCGGAAGCCGGAUCCAACGAUGAAAAAGGUUCUGCGUCCUCCUCUCAUGCAGCUCCUUCCUACCCCUUCCCUCGAGCACCGUAUCCUCAUCUAACACAUCAUUCGCCCGCCAUCUAUCAACAAUAUUUGCAGCGACAUCAGCAAGAUCUUCUCCGCCCGAUGGGUCUUCAUGGUCUCUUAGCUCCCCCCUCGGGUUAUCCCCCAGGCUAUAUCAUGCAUGAUCCUCUGAACAGGCCGCCCCCUUGGAUGUAAUCAGUCUCUCGUUCAAUAACUCCGAGUCGUGAUGUACAAACAUAGUGUAUUAUGUUCUUUUGUUCAGUAUUUUCAAAGUUGUGUCUUUGAUCCUUAGUCAAUUUUCUGUUGUGUUUCCUUAGUUCUGCUAAACUAAGGAGUCUUGAAAGUAAUUUAGGAGAGACAUGUCAAAGGAAGUUUGCUCCUCCCAAAAUACGUCACUAAUCAGCAGGGGUGGAUUUCAUGAGGAUCGCACUAAUUUCGGGCCUCAUCAACAGUGAUGCUGUCUCUCUCCCCUUUCCUCGCUCUUUACUAAGAACAAAUGCUCAAGCGUGGAAGAUGCUGGUUUUUUCAUCAGUGAAUAAUAGCAAGGUUGUUGUCGUGAGUGGUAGGCCAUAAAGUUUUCCCAGUCAAAUCCACUCCUGAUGAUUAGUUACUUUGAGGGCAAACUACUUUGAUUGAAUUUCAAAAAUGUGCCUAUUUCUGACUGUUAUUAGAUGUUUAGUAUAUGUCUAAAUAAUAUGUCUCCGUGUCAAUAUUAUAGAUCAUCACUGAGGUUGAAAAUCCUUCUCUCUGGUACUAUGGGUCCUUUUUGCAGCAAUGUAUUCUAAAUGGGUCAUCACUGAAAAAUUUAGGUUUCGUAUAAUUUUUUCCGCAGUGGAAAUGUAUUUUUCUACAUCCUCUGGAUCAGAUGAUAGUCCCUUUAAUAAAAAAAAAAGAUGCUAGAAGAUUAUGGAAACUCCUGCAAUUCUAAUUUGGUCCUCAGAUGUCAGUUUACAAGGAAUUUAAUGCCCUUUCAACUUUUCUCAUUUUUAAUUUUCUAAUUUUUUGCUUUUUAAAUUAUUGAAAGUGUCGCCAGUAUUCAGAUUCUCCAAGGGGUGAAUUUAUUUCCUAAAAUCUAAGGGGACACAGGGAAUUUCUUAAGUAAACCCAGAAUUUUUUUCUCUUCCUCAAUUUUUUAGUAUACACAUUUGUUUGAAUGAAAAUUUAGGAAAAAUAUGACCUUGGUUUGAUAGAAAAAUUGAUUUUUUUCACGGAUGAAGUUGAUAAGCAAUGGAUGCUCUACAUACAUAGAUAGACUGCUUUAGUAUUAAUUUGUCUCGGAGAGAACUUGGUCAAUUUUAAAAGUAUUGGCACAUAUUGCCUUUUUUAUCAAUGCAUAAUAUUAAAUUUUAAUUGGAAUAGUUGUUGAACAUGUCAUUGGAAAAAUUAAAAAAUUCAGAGGAUAUUUUCUUCUGAUAUCAAUAUGUUUUUGGAGACAUCCAGUACAAAUGCAUACUAUAGGCACUCAUUCACAAGUAUAAAAGAGAAAAACAACUGAAAAUAAAAUUGGAACAAUUUAAAUUCCUUCAGGAAGCUAAUGGGCAUUGAAGAAGUUGGUCCAAAUCAAGUUAUACUGUAUUGUGACCUGCUAAAAUCUUGACUCAUAGUCCGCAUCCUGUUUUUUAAUUUUGCGAGAAACGGUUUUUUUUCUCAAAUAAUUAGAAUUUUUGAAAGCAUCACAUCUCUCAGAAAAUCAUUGAAAUUAGGACACUCUCCUUUCACUCCCCCUACUUCUAUGCUUUAAAGAGAAGCAAAGGCCGAACAUCUUCAGCAGGAUCAAAGUUGUGGCAAUUCUCACAAGUUGGUUCUACUGUUGGCAAAGCAUCAACAACAUCAACUAGGUGAUUGACUUUCAGGAAGACUUAAAAGUAGAUACCUCAGGGAGUUUACCAGUUUCCAUAUUUGGCAUAUUAUAAUGUGAAAUAAAACUUUCCCCUGUUUAAAUCUGCUAUAAGUAAUCAGUUCUAAGGAGGCAGCCUGCCUUGAAAAUUAUCGAUUGUUUUACAUGUAUUGAAAGAGACAAAAACAGUGUUCCCAACUUGCAAGACUUGCCACGGGAAUAUUUUUAUUUUUAAAAAUGACUUCGAUUCCCUCCAGAAUAAUCACACCCGAACUUACAAAGAAUUAACAUGAGCUAAAAUCUUUCUUACGGGUAUUCAAGCUUGGCAAUGAGUGACUGGACGAUACCAUAUCAAAGAUUUUAUAAUUUCAAUUUUGAUUGGGUCAGCAUUUUUUACUCAAUUGCAUCAUAAUUUUUACAA